AUGUCACGAAUUUAUUCACAGCAUCCGGAUUGGUAUAGAUUGGAUCCAUCAACUUCUCAGCAUGUGACAGCUAGGAUUACUCUUGACUUCCGAGAUCUCAAUAAGGAAGGUCAUCUUCUCACAUUAUCAGUUCUUCCGCAUGUUCUGUAUGAACUCUUGCAAUCAAAAUCACAGCUGACGGAAGCUCUUGAUAGUUUUUCUCAUGGAUUGAAGCGAUGGGCUGAACCUACCGAACAAGAAACAUUUCGCACAUACCUGGCUUGCGUCUUUGUUGUUGCCGGGUGUGAGGAUAAUCCACUGAGCGAGCUGAGUAAGCUCGUUCAAAUGCAACAUACACAACAGGUGGGAUAAUU